AACUGAACUGGGCCGACCAAUCAGGGAAAAAGAAAACCCUAAUCUUCCUCCCGCCCGGGCAGUACUUUCUUUUUCUGUUUUAUUUUGAGACCGAAAGUGCUAAUAUGCCUGGCAACGCAUAAAUGCGGUCGGGAUUUUGCUGCUCGCCGUCCCGGGGAUUUGCACCCCGGAUCCAGCACGAGCCAACGGGGGAACCCACCAACUCUUUGGAAGCUCGAAGUCCAUUUUCAGAGGCUCUUCUUCUCUUCUUUUCUCCUCCUUUCCCGGGAUAGCAAAUGCUCCUGUCUUUUUUUGCAAUUUAAUCCAGCUGCCUGAGAAGAGCAGCCCGUUACAGGCCGAGGAAUUGCAGCCUUGGGAGGGGGCAGGGCACCGAUGCCAUGGCGGACGACAACGGCCUGUUUGCAAAGAUUGUGGAAAACGGGGGCGAAGUUCUGGAGGCCGACGUGCAGAACAGCUGCAACACGGAGCCCAACACCUUGCUGCAGAAGCUGAAGAGUGCCAUCUCAAAGUCUGUCCAGAGCAAAGUUGACGGUAUCUUGCAAGAUGUCCAGAAAUUUUCAGAUUAUGCCAAACUUUAUCUGUAUCUUCAGCUGCCUUCGGGCCCAAGUUCAGGAGAAAAAAGCUUGGACCUCACUUCUCUCAAUUCGGCGGAACAGAUGCACGCCUGUACCUGGAUACGGAACCACCUGGAAGAGUAUCUCGACACCUGCUUGCCAAAACAAGACGUGUACGAUGCUUACAAGCGCUACUGUGACAACCUUUGCAGUCGCUCCCUGAGCGCGGCGAAUUUUGGGAAGAUCAUCAGAGAGAUCUUUCCGAACAUCAAAGCAAGAAGAUUGGGUGGACGCGGACAAUCCAAAUAUUGCUAUAGUGGGAUACGUCGAAAAACAGUGGUCAACAUGCCACCCCUGCCCAGCCUGGACCUUAAAGAAACAGAGACCCUGGAGCGAACGGAAAUGACCCACUCCUACAACGACGAGGUGGUGGAGGCCGCCUGUGCCUUGACCUGCCACUGGGCUGAAAAGAUCCUCAAGCGCUCCUUUGACAGCAUCGUGGAGGUGGCCCAGUACCUCCUCCAGCAGCACCUCAUCAGCUCCCGCUCGGCCCACGCCGACCUGGUCCUGGCCACCGUGGUCACAGAAAACACCGAGAGCUCCCGGGACAAGCGCCCUCCCCCAAAGAAAAGCGAACCAGAAGCCGCAGAAAACGCAGCCAAAACGCAGCCUCAGGCUAAGACAGAAAAUGCGCCCAAGCCCUCGGCCGCAGCCCCACGGAGUGAAGCCAAGAAGCCGGCGGACGUUCUGACCAAAAAGGCCAGCAGCCCGCAGGUCAACGCCUUGGUGGCCCGUCUUCCCUUGCUGCUUCCGCGCGUGCAGGUCCAACCUGGGGACCGGUUGGUGGUCUCUCCCGGGACGGCGGCCGUGCACGCUUCCCACCCCGUCCUGGCUCCUAAGCUCACCGCUGCCCCGGUUGGGGGAACAGUCAAAAUGGCGCUCUCCGUGGGGGCACCCUCCUCAACUUUACUCGCCUCAGCGGUGAACGGCCCCACCAGCCUGGUCAGCCAGCCAGCUGCCGUGCCGGUCAUCAACAUGGUGCCGGUCAUCAAUGUGGCAGUCCCGCCCGCAACUGAGAACCGGUCAAAGCCCAAAAGCACAGCCCCCAGUGGGGGUGGUGGAUCAUCCAGCAAUGACACCGGGCGGAGCCCUGGUGAUCCGCAGAAAAUCAAGAGCCCCGCCAAGCGGCCGGCAGACCGACCCGGGGAGGUGACCACGAAGAGGAAGCGUGGACGGCCGCGGAAGAACCCGGACGAGCCUCCUUUGCCGGAGAAGAGCAUCUUUAGGAAAGAGCCGUCGAAAGGCAAGGAGCCUUCUGACCUCAUUGGGGUGCCUGCGGGGGGCACAGAGGCCCCCCCCCCCUCCCAAGCUUCCCCCCCGCAGAAGGAAAAAGAGAAGACCCCAGCAGGGGGGGUGGAAAAGAAGCCCCCCGCCCCUUCAAAUGCUUCCCCCCAGAAGUUGAAAAAAGAGAGUUCCCAAGCGGAGGUCCCCCUCGGUGUGGAGCUCAAGAGGCCGGCCCCCGAGCAGCCGAGGGGAGGACCCCCGGUGGGGGCGCGGAACCUCAUUGUGGCGCCCACCAGGAAGAUCUCGCCCUAUCACCUGAGCGUCAUCAAAGCCAGGAUGCCGAGUCCUCUGAUCCCACCCAAAGGGUUUGGACGGGGCCUGCAGGAGUCCUCGCCACUGGAGCUGGACAAGCCGGAGAGGUGCGCCUCCUUUGAUCCCGAUCUGCAGCCCACGGAUCUUUCCCUCAAAUCUCGCCCGCCGCUGUCCAAGGACCGUCCGACAGCCUCGGGCUUGUGGGCGCCAACGGGACGUUUGCACCGGAUCAGCGCAGACCGCGAAAAGUCAGCGGAGGCCGCGAGCAGCUCAGGGCUGACAAGGCAAGCCCCCAGCUGAUACCUCUCCCCACGCCCCGUUCCUUCGGUCUGCUUCCUUGCGCGUUCCUCCUUAAGACAAAAACCCAACGCACGUGUGUCGAAAGGAAAAGGGGAAAAGCAUGAGCUUGGAAGACUCUUUACCCACCCAACCUCCUUUUCAUGCUGCCUCAUGAUCAUCGGUGCUUUCUCUUCCCCAACGGCUCCAGGUGGAAAAUGCGAACAGGGUAGGGCAUUCAGACGGGGGUGGGGAUCCUGUCUGCUCCAGACUACAGCGACAAAGUCAAGGGAACUCCGGUUCUAAAAAUCCCCUUCUUUGCAUCUUGUUACUAGAGGCAGAAUGACCUUUCUGGGAGCAGAGGAGGAAAUGUUUCAUUCUCAGCUUUUGACAUUUUGGGGUUUAUAUUUCACCUGGGGUGGUGAUGGGGGGGCUGUUGCAUUUCACACGGAAAUCCCUUGACCACCAGCAGCCUUUUGCGUCAGUAUUUAGAGACAAUCAUUUCACAGCCAACUUCCCAAAGAUUUUGCUCUCCGCCUGCUUGGCAGAGCUCCCAAACUGAAGUUUAAAAACUGGGGAUAUUCUCGUCUCCCUCCUGAUUUUGUAUUGAUCUGAUUUGGAAGCCCUUGCUUGCUCCUUCCUCUCCUCCUAACCCUCUCCUUCCCAUCUAUGGUUUUGGUUGUAAAUCCUGAAUAAAGUUAUGCAGAGAUUUUUUUUUUCUUAAAAAGAACUCUGUUUGUUUUGUCAAGUUAGG